CCAAGGUGGGGGCGGAUCCUGCUCCCUGGGCAGGCUGCUGCUGGCAUGGGCUCUAAGAGCUGGGCACUGACCACUGCAGGCUGCAGAAGGGUCCGGUGAAUCUUGGAGAAGAAAUGCCAGGGAAACAGCCUGUAGAUGGGCCGGCAGAGGCUGGGGCUGCCGAAGAUGGCACCGACGAAGGGCUGGGAGGCCUCACCCCAGAGGAACUCCAGCAGGGCCAGGAGGCCGCCCUGGCCCUGGAGGACAUGAUGGCACUGAGUGCCCAGACCCUGGUCCAUGCAGAGGUUGACCAGCUCUACCAGGAGGUGCGUCCCCUGGGCCAGGGCCGUUUUGGCCGUGUCCUACUGGUCACCCAUCGUCAGAAAGGCACACCCUUGGCACUGAAGCAACUCCCGAAGCCCUCCACGUCCCUCCGUGGCUUCCUGUAUGAGUUCUGUGUGGGCCUCUCCCUGGGUGCCCACCCCGCCAUUGUGGCUGCCUAUGGCAUCGGCAUCGAGUCCAUCCACUCCUACAGCUUCCUGACAGAGCCUGUUCUGCACGGAGACCUCAUCACCUUCAUCCAGCCCAAGGUGGGCCUCCCUCAGCCUGCAGCCCAGCGCUGUGCGGCCCAGCUGGCCUCAGCCCUGGAGCACAUCCACUCCCAUGGCCUGGUGUACCGGGACCUCAAGCCCGAGAACGUGCUGGUGUGCGACCCAGCCUGCCGACGGGUCAAGCUGACCGACUUUGGCCACACGCGGCCCCGUGGGACCCUGCUCCGCCUGGCCGGGCCCCCCAUCCCCUACACAGCCCCCGAGCUCUGCGCUCCUCCGCCCCUCCCUGAAGGCCUGCCCAUCCAGCCUGCCCUGGACGCUUGGGCUCUGGGGGUCCUGGUCUUCUGCCUCCUCACUGGCUACUUCCCCUGGGACCAGCCCCUGGUGGAGGCCGACCCCUUCUACGAGGACUUUGUCAUCUGGCAGGCCUCAGGCCAGCCUCAGGACCGGCCGCAGCCCUGGUUUGGCCUGGCGCCCGCAGCAGACACUCUCCUGUGGGGGCUGCUGGACCCUCACCCCCGGAGGAGGAGCCCAGUGGGCUCCAUCAGGGGCUACCUGGGGCGACCCUGGAAGCAGCGGGAGGGGGAGGCCGAGGAGCUGGGAAAGGGGGCAGAGGAUGGGCCGUGAGCAGACCCGAGGGGCCCAAGGGGCCCGAGUGGAGCGUCCACUUCCUGAGGCUGCUCGGCUGCCCUCGUGGCUUCGGCCUGCCGGCUUGGUCUGUCUCAGGUGUCCGCCCUGCUCCUCUGUGCAGUCCCUCCCCGUCUCUGCGUGUCCUCUGCAAGUUCCCUGGGUGCUCUCGGCCUUGCCUCCUGCACGUCUCGCCCGCCCCCUCUCCUGGCAGCCCUUCCUCACCUCACACGGCCACCGCCCUCCUCUGCAGCCCCAGCCCCCUCUUCCACUGUGGGUCACUUUAUUUUCUCUGCCACCAUGUCCUCUUUAGUCUGGAUAUUUUACUCACUGUGGCGACCAUAUGAGCUCCCAGAGGGAGCGGCUUGCCAUCUUGCUCCUGAAGGGCACGUGCUCAGAGCAACGCCUGACCUGUGGAGUAAGUGACCCCUGGCCUCGCGCUGUCCCUGUCCUCCUGCCCUCUCCUGCUGGGCUUCCCUCCUACCGUCCCUCUGCCCCUUUCCUGCACGAGGCUGGGGUGUCACCCUCUUGAUGUGUUUGGCCUCCUCUUGUCCCAUCUGCUCUCUGCAAAUA